AUGUAUUCUGCCGUUCUGAAACCAGAGAAAGAUCUGCCUGCGCUAACAAAUCUAGAUCUCCUUGCUUUAGUCGAUGUAUUGGAAAUCAAAUAUUUUAGAGGUAUCUUCAUGCGAGACAGUUUACCACCACAAGGAAUUGAAGAAAAGGAAGUAGGAAAAGUUAAUUUAGACUCUUCUAGUGGUAAAGGUACUCAUUGGGUUUGUUAUUCUAGAAAUGAGAAAAAAAUUUAUUACUUCGAUUCCUUCGGACUUGAUCCACCGAUAGAACUUCAAAAAUAUUUAAAAGAUAAAAAUAAAAAAUCAGUCAUCGAGUGCCAACAUUUCUUCUUUGUACAUCUGAGUGUGUCACAAAUUUAUUGCUGA